CCUGAUGCCUUUUGGUAUAUCAACUUUCUCAAAGUGAGAGGACAGUGGUGUUUCUUUUCUUAAUGGAGAAGCAUUGCUUUGGGAUUAAAUGGAGGAUUGGGGUUUGGUGGUCCAUGUAGGGUUUUUGGGGUUUGUGCAGUUGCAGACAAGCCAUGGCUAGGAGUGGUGAUGAGAGGAAGAAGGGCUUGGGUUUGCUUGAUAUUGUUUUGAAAUGGACCGUUGAAGAUGUAUAUAAUAAAGAUCUCUAUAAGGAGAAGGUAAGAAAAAUUCCAGAGUUAUUUCACUCGGUUGAAGAUUAUCUUGGAUCAUUUGUAUAUCCUCUUAUUGAGGAAACACGAGCUGAGUUACGGGAGGGCUUUGAGCUUGUACAUGAGAAGCCACUUGCUGAACUUUUAUCUGUCAAAGGGGUUGUAUCCAGUGGUUUUGGAUACAUCAUUGAAGUAGACUCUGGUAAAAAUGGCUUGACGGUGGGUGGUAGGGAUCGUUAUGAACCAAUGAAUAGUGAUAUUGUAAUUUUAUCCACAAUUGUUCCUGAAGAUGUUGCAGAUUUCAAUCGCUAUGGCACUUUCUAUUGUCUUGCUGCACUUCGUGAAUGUAAAGGGAGAGUCGGGGAUGAUGAAGUGGAGGGAAUGGUUGAUGGAUCAGAGGCAUUGGAAGAAGAGGAACAAAGAAAGAAUGUAUUUGUACUAAAAGUGUCAAAUUGUGUGGAUGAUAUUCUUUCCUCUGGGAGAUCUCUUUAUGUUAUCUUUCUAAUGAGUAUCUCUACUAAUAGUCGGAUAUGGCAUGCACUGAAUGUGAAGUCUGAGGAACCCCGUUAUGAAAAUAUUAAAAAAUUUGAGAAGCUGUUGAAUGGUGGAAACUUGGCCACGUCAACCCAUGAUACUUGUUAUAUGGAUCGGGUUGAAAUUGUGGGCAAAGAAUUUCUUGCAGAACUGGAAUCCUCCAUGCUGAAUGAUUCCCAAAUUGAUGCAGUAGUUGGCACUAUUUCAUCACUGAGAAACAGGCAACCUUAUAUGAUAAAACUUAUAUGGGGUCCCCCUGGAACUGGAAAAACUAAAACCAUUAGUUUUAUUUUGAGUGCUCUCACCAAAAUGAAUUUUAAGGCCCUUACUUGUGCGCCCACCAAUGUUGCAGUUUUGGAAGUUGCCUCGCGUUUCCUGAAGUUGGUUAGAGAUUGUCAUGGGCGAGUCACUGGGGACAGUUUCACUGGUUGCUUUCUUGGUGACAUGGUUUUAUUUGGAAAUAAAACUCGUAUGGACAUUGUUGGUGAGCUUAAUGAUAUUUUUUUGGAUUAUCGUGUGGAUCGUCUUUUAGAAUGUUUUGUCCCACUCACUGGAUGGAACUAUAGACUAAGGUCCAUGAUAGACUUUUUUGAGGAUUAUGCAUCUCAAUAUAAAGACUUUCUGGAAACUGAUAAAGGCAAGGAGAAUGCUAGCUUUCUCGCAUUCUUACGAGAGCGUUUCAAUGCGAUUAGCUCACAUGUGAAUAAUUGUAUCAGCAUAUUAUAUUCUCACUUGCCUAAAAUAUAUAUGUCAAAAAGUGUGUCGGAUAAUUUAAUUGAGCUUCACAAUCUCAUUGAAUCUUUUGGGAAUUUAUUAUUCAGUCUUGAUAUUGAUGAAGACAAAGUGAAGGUCCUCCUUAAGGUUUCUGAAGAAGAGGGAAAUGAUAGUUCCGGAGGUGCGGAACUUGUUGAGGAUGGUUCAUUAUCUUUGGACUCUGUUGUAAAAGAACUUCGGGUAAUCAGAAGGUCGUGCCUUCGUGUCCUUGGAGUACUUAAAGUUUCUUUGAUACUUCCAAGAAUGUUCUCUAAAUCCUCAAUUCAAUCGCUUUGUUUGAAGAAUGCUUCUCUUGUCUUCUGCACUGUGUCAAGUUCUUCUCUAUUGCAUUCCUUAAGGAUGGAGAGUCCUUUAGAUGUACUGAUUAUAGAUGAGGCAGCGCAGUUGAAAGAGUGUGAGUCAUCAAUACCUCUACAACUUGCUGGUUUAAGGCAUGUUAUACUCAUCGGUGAUGAAUGCCAGUUGCCUGCCAUGGUUCACAGCAAGGUAUCGACAAAUGCAGGUUAUGGGAGAAGUCUUUUUGCUAGGCUUGGAUCACUUGGGCAUCCGAAACAUCUUUUGAAUAUACAGUAUAGAAUGCAUCCAUCAAUAAGCUCUUUCCCCAGUGCAACAUUCUAUGGAGAUCAGAUUUUGGAUGGUCCUAAUGUGAUGUGUCGAAGUUAUGAAAAACAUUAUCUUCCCAGAGCCCUCUAUGGUUCUUAUUCUUUCAUAAAUAUCAGAGAUGGAAGGGAAGUAUUGGAUGAUAUAAGCAAGAGCUGGAAAAACAUGGUGGAGGUUGCUGUUGUCUCACAAAUAGUUCAAAAGCUAUUGAAUGCAUGCAGUAGUUCUGGCCAGAGGCUAACUGUUGGGGUCAUAUCACCGUACAAUGCUCAGGUUUGCGCAAUACAGGAGAAGCUGAAACGAUAUGAGAUGCAUGACGGUUUUGCCUUGAGGGUCAAGUCUGUUGAUGGAUUUCAGGGCAGUGAGGAUGAUGUAAUAAUAAUUUCAACUGUCAGAUGUAAUGGCAGUGGAGACAUUGGUUUCGUAUCUAGUCGAUUUCGGACUAAUGUGGCUUUGACACGAGCAAGGCACUGCCUAUGGAUAAUGGGUAAUGCGGGGACAUUGAUUCAAAGUGGUUCAGUAUGGGAGGAACUUAUAUGCAAUGCAAAAGAUCGUGGGUGUUACUUUGAUGCUCUUGAGGAUAAAGGUUUAGCGGAUGCAAUAUUACGUGUGAAAAGUGAACUUGAAGAGUUAGAUGACUUGCUUAAUAAGGAUUCGUCAAAUUUUGCUAAUGCAAGGUGGCAGGUGUUGUUUGCUGAUGAUUUUAAGAAAUCCUUUGCAAAACUAAGGACAACCCACAAGAAGCAGAUGGUUCUGCGUCUGUUGUUGAGGCUGGCUAAUGGUUGGCGUCCAAAAAGGAAUUUGUACUUUGUAGAAGGUGUUUCUUCAGGCCUUAUCAAACAAUCCAAGGUUGAAGGGCUGAUUCUGAUAUGGACAGUUGAUAUUGUGAGGAACACACGAUGUGAACAAGUGUUGAAGGUCUGGGAUAUUCUUCCAUUUGUUGAGGUUUCCAAACUUCUUAGGCGCCUUGACAACUUCUUUUCGCUUCAUACUGAAGUUUAUCUACAGCGCUGCAAAGAAAAGCUACUUGAAGGGAAUCUUGAAGUUCCAAAGAGCUGGGCUACAGAUUUUGAGAUUGUGCAGUAUAAAAAUUUAUGCAAAUCUGAUCAUGGGGAACCAGUGGAAGAGGGUAGGUUGGAGACUGGCGAAUGUAUGGAGAGCUCUAAAGUAAGUGAAAGUUUAGUGUUGAUGAAGUUCUACUCCUUAUCUUCUGGGGUGGUAAAUCAAUUGCUAACUGCUACUGAUGGAAGAGAAGUCGAUCUCCCAUUUGAACUUACUUAUCAGGAAAGGGAAAUAAUUUUGUUUCCUGAAAGUGCUUUCAUUCUUGGGAGAUCAGGGACUGGCAAGACAACUGUGCUGACUAUGAGGCUUAUACGAAAGGAACAGCAGUAUUAUGUGGCUUCAGAAGGAUUAGAUGUGGAUGGUUCAUCAUCUGAGGUAACUUAUAGCAUGUAUGAGCAAAUGGAAACAAGUCUAGUGUCUAAGAGGAAUUUCUUAAGACAGAUUUUUGUCACUGUCAGUCCUAAACUCUGUGCAGCUGUCAAGAGCCACAUACAUCGGCUCAAGAGGCACACUUCUGGGAGUGACUUUUCUGUCAGUUUGGAUUCAAUUGAAAUGCAUGAUGCUAGUGACAAUUUGACUGAGUUCAGGGAUAUACCUGACAAUUUGGAUGCUAUCACUGAAAGGCACUUUCCUCUUAUUAUUACCUUCCGUAAGCUCCUACUUAUGUUAGACCAGAGUAUGAUGCCUUCAUUCUUUUAUCGCUUCCAUGAUUUAAGGGAGCUUCCUCUUGGUGGGAGUAGAAUUUCACAAUCCAUCGCUCUUCAAAGGUUCAUUGCGAGAAAUGAGGUUGAUUAUGAGCAUUUUGUUAAUUUCUAUUGGCCACAUUUUAACGGCCAGUUCAUCAGGAAUUUGGACCCAUCAACCGUAUUUACUCAAAUAAUUUCUCAUAUAAAAGGUGGAUUUGAGGUGGGUUCUAUUCCAGAUAAGCUGGGUCGGGAGGUUUAUGUUGGCUUGUCUGAAGGUCGAGUUUCCACUUUGAGUAAGGAAAAGAGAGAGAGAGUGUAUGAUAUUUUCCUGGAUUAUGAGAGGAAAAAGCUGGCAAAUGGGCACUUUGACAUGUCGGAUCUGGUGAUUGACAUACACUGCAGAUUAAGGGAAGGUGGCUAUAAGGGUGAAAAUUUUGACUUUGUUUAUAUUGAUGAAGUUCAAGACCUGACAAUGAGACAAAUCGCUCUUUUUAAGCAUGUAUGCAGUAAUGUUCAGGAAGGAUAUGUAUUUUCCGGGGACACUGCACAAACAAUUGCAAGGGGAAUUGAUUUCAGGUUCGAAGAUAUUAGAUCGCUAUUCUACAAGGAGUUUCUCAAUGAGUCGAGAGAAGGAUGUUUAGGAAGUGCACGAGGAAAAGAAACAAAAAUAUCUGAUUUGUUUCACUUGAAUCAAAAUUUUCGUACACAUGCUGGUGUGCUGAUGUUGGCAGAAAGCGUUCUUGAUUUGCUCUACUCUUUUUUUCCUCAAUCCAUUGAUGUUUUGGAUCCUGAGAUGAGCCUCAUAUAUGGUGAGUCACCUGUCUUACUUGAGUCUGAAAAUGAUGAAAACGCCAUUAUGACAAUUUUUGGCAAUAGUGGAACUAUUGGUGAGGGUUCACAUGAAUUUGGAGCAGAACAAGUUAUUUUGGUCCGUGAUGAUUCUGCAAAGAAGCAAAUUUUUGAUUAUGUUGGAAUGCAAGCUCUCGUGUUGACAAUUAUUGAAUGCAAGGGCUUGGAGUUUCAGGAUGUUUUGUUGUAUGACUUUUUUGGUGCAUCUCCUCUGAGAAACCAAUGGAGGGUUAUCUAUGAAUAUAUGGCAAACCUGGAGUGGCGGCACUCGGAAGUACCUAAAUCCUUUCCCCAUUUUGAUGAAGGGCGACACAAUAUUCUCUGCUCUGAACUAAAGCAGUUGUAUGUUGCUAUAACUCGUACAAAGCAAAGAUUGUGGAUCUGUGAGAAUAGUGGAGAUUUUUGUAAGCCAAUGUUUGAUUAUUGGAAGAGUUUGGGUCUUGUUCAAGUUAGACUUUUGGAUAGUUCGCUGGCUGAGGGGAUGCGGGUUGCUAGUAGCCCAGAGGAAUGGAGGAGACGUGCCAUCAAGUUGUUCAAUGAUGACAACUAUGAAAUGGCCACAAUGUGUUUUGAAAGGGCCGGAGAUGUACAAGGUGAAAAGUGGGCCCGAGCAGCAGGACUUCAAGCGACGGCAGAUCGUAUUCUUUUGUCAGAUCCUCAAAUGGCUCGUAUCGCUAUGGUUGAGGCAGCGAAUAUAUAUGAAACUAUCAACAAGGUCGAACUUGCUGCAAAUUGUUAUAUCAAAUUAGAGGAGUUCCAAAAAGCUGGCAAUAUUCUUUUGGAGAAAUGUGGUAUGUUAAGGCUUGAGGAUGCUGGGGAUUGUUUUUCAAUGGCGCACUGUUGGUCUGAAGCUGCUGAUGUAUACUUUAAAGCCGGUGUUCUCUCCAAAUGCUUGAAUUCUUGUACAAAAGGCGAAAUUUUCGAAAUGGGAUUGCACUACAUUCUACAUUGGGAGGAUAGUUCUCCUGAUUCUCAAGUUGCAAGGCAUGAAGAAGUUUCUGAGGUUAAAAACAAGUACUUGGAAAACAGUGCUGAUUACUAUUUUUGUGCCGGGGAUAUCAAGCGCAUGAUGAGAUUUAUUAAAGUUUUUGCUUCUAUGGGUAUGGUUCGUUCAUUCUUGAAGUCGCGGAAGUGUCUUGAUGAACUACUGCAGGUGGAGAUGGAAGCAGGGAACUUUGUUGAGGCUGCUGAUGUUGCAAGAACGAAAGGAGACCUGCUACUUAUGGCUGAUAUGCUAGAAAAAGCAGGGCAACCUGGAAACUCAUCAAGAUUGCUUAUGUUAUUUGUUGUUGUCAAUUCUCUUUGGACACCUGACAGUAAGGGUUGGCCAUUGAAGCAAUUUGAGGGGAGGGACCAGCUAUUGGAAAAGGCCAAAGGCUUAUCAUUGGGAGAAUCUAGUGUUGUCUAUGAGUCUGUUUCGGCUGAAGUGAGCUUUUUAUCCAAGCAAAAUGCCAGUCUGUCAUUUAUGGUGGAGCACUUAAAUGUUGCUCAGAAUUUGCAAAAUAUUAGGCUGGAAUUGUUUGCUUGUCACUCAAUUAUCGACUUUCAUCUUUUACUGGACCCCUCAAAGUUUCACUGGGAGUCUGCUCCAUACUUAGAUCCACCAAAGGAUGUUGAUGGAAUCACGAGUCAGAACAAGGUUUCUGUUGUGACAUUGAUGUACUAUUGGAAUUUGUGGAAGCAAAGGAUUUUGAGCAUCUUGUCUUAUCUUGCUUCAUAUGAUGAUUUUGUUGGGUUAGAUUACCAUAACCAUGGGAAGUUUUGUUUGGAAUACUUUGGUGUUCUCGCUGGAAAAGAUUGGAGUCGCUAUGCUGUAAUUAACAGUUUUUCCUCUUGGAUGGGUGAAAAAGUGAGGGGUUCUCUUUCCAAGCAGGGGGACCUCCUUUACAUAAGUGCUAAACAUUUUGUGUUGCAGUGUCGAAAGUUCUGGGAAUCAGAAUUGCUAUCCGUUGGUAUAAAAUUGCUUGAAAAACUAGAAGCUCUUCGUACAUGUUUCAUCUAUAGAUCCUUGUCUCAAUUCAGCCAAGGUGUAAUUGCCCUCAAUACCUUCGAAGUUUCAAACUUUCUUAAUGAUCCACAAUAUCAUCGGGUAGGAUAUAUUGAUUCAAAGCUAAAGGGAUACUUGAGAUUGUCUAAAGAGUGGUUUUUGGAUAUUUGCUUUCCUUUAGACUGGAGAAAUGCCAUGGAGGAGAGUCUGGUAUAUCUUCGUGAGCAUGCUAUUUCAGGGAAGAUUGUUAGGGAAAUUCAUUUUGAAAUGAUCAAUCCUGGAAGAGAAAAGUUGUCAUAUGGCCAAAUUGGGCAGAUGGUACUGCUACUUUUUGUUUCACAAAAACAUACUGAUGAAUUAUAUAAGAGCAUGGUGAAGUCUCUGGAUCAUUUUCCCCAGUGGCAAUCUUUUAUUGAACAAUGGAUGGAUUGCAGGGAGAUGGGGUGGGAAGAACUGGCCGUUCUGGUCCCCAGGUUUGGUGAUGCAGUCAAGAGCGUAUAUGAAAUCAACUGGAGGAAUGUGCGUGAUUAUGUGUCACCUCGCUAUUACAUACUCCUUGUUGAGCGCCUCUUGUUCCUGCUUUGCUCUUGUCAAAGGUGGAAAGGUUGUUUUUUUACCACAAAAUCUUGUCUAGUUGAAAUGGUUGCAUGCCAGGAUUGGGAAGCCCAGUCUAGAGCUUCUUAUGCUCCUCAGGAACCCAAUCAGUAUUUCUGUGUUGGGUAUCUUGAUCGUAUUUAUGAUUUUAUAUCUUACAUUAUUCGUGGUCUUCUUUUCAAUAUCCGCGAUACAACGGACUGGGUUAAUAGUUCAAAUUUGAAGCACUCUUCCUACUUGCCAUCAAUGGUGUUGCGUUUAGUCAUUAUCUUGGGUUUGGUUUGUCUGAACUCCGGAAGGAAUUAUGAAUUCGUUUCAGAUCUAUCGAAGAUAUGGGAUAUAUUAUCAUUUUUGCCUCCCGGUUUCCAUCAGUGGAUUCGUAGUGUCUAUGUGCAUCAUGCAAAGGCCAGUGGCUUGUUUCUUAGAGGCUUUGCUGAAGCCUUACAAGCAAUUGGCAAUCCAUUGGUCGUGAUGCUUAGAGAUAGUUCCGAAUUUUCUUGUCCAAGCUCAAUAAUCCUUGCCCAAGAUGAAAUGUUAUGCAAAGAGACUGUUCUCAAAGCAUUGUUUCCAAAAAUUACCGAAGGUUCUCAGUGCAAAGAUCAGUCAGUAGAUUCAAAUGCUGCAGUCUCUUCUGAAAUUCCUCCUUUUACAACCGGUAUCCAAAUCAAGGGGCAGUUCAUGGAUGUGGCAGGGGAACAACAUCCCUCUGCUAGUGGAGAUUAUGUCGUUGAUUUUAAGAUAAAAUUUGGUCAGUUUUGGGAAAAACUACUCGUAGUCAAUUCCCUGGAGCAGGGGUGGGAUGUUAACACUGGAAGUUUGAUUUCUGAUGCCAAGCGUAUUAAGAUGGAUAUGGAGAACUACUUGCAGGUGGUUAAUUGUGCAACAGUGAAAUCUGGUGCGGUUCAGCAAAAGUUUCGAGUGUUGGAUGUUUCUCUGCUGGGGGAAUUGAAAGGCAUGGUUGGGGAAUUGGACCUGCUGUCUGAAACCUUGGAUUUAAGUAAGAAAGAGCUUCAAGGGAAUGACAGGUUGAUUCAAGGAUUGUGUGACAAGUUGCUGCAUAGGAGACCUUUGCUUGAGCCCCUCAUGGAGUCAAUGACUUCAGUGGAAGAGCCAAGUACCCCAAUCACAACUACUGAAAGUAGUGUCGCAUCUGAAGCCAAAAAUGGAGGAAACAAAGGGAAGGACACGAAGAAAAACCAAAAACCGAAAGGAAAGAACAAGACUACCGAAACUAGUGUCGCAUCUGAAGCCAAAAAUGGAGGGAACAAAGGGAACAAAGGGAAGGACAAGAAGAAAAACCAAAAACCCAAAGGAAAGAACAAGAAGAAAAUGUAGUAAUCUUUUUUGUAUAGUCUUUUUAUAGUUUGUAAAUAUUGUGCUAUAAUACGGUUGUUUGGACGAAUAUUUGAUGUUUUCUAGUGCAAGAUUUUUAAUUGUUUAUAGAUUUA